UCUCUUUGCGACAGUAAUCGCUUUCUCUGUUGCAGCGCGGUGUCGAGCUUCCGAAGCUUUUGGUCGAUUGAUCCAGUAACUGCCGAGCGGAGCUUGUGAGUCGUGGCCAUGGCAUUGAAGUUGGGCGACACAGCGCCAUCCUUCGUGGCGGACUCGACGCACGGGACAAUCGACUUCCACAAGUACAUUGAUGGUUCCUGGGCUAUCUUGUUCUCGCACCCCAACGACUUCACGCCCGUGUGCACCACGGAGCUCGGAGCCGUAGGGAAGUUUCUGCCGGAGUUUGAGAAGCGCGGGGUGAAGGUGAUUGCGUUGUCGUGCAACGAUGUGGAGUCGCACAAGGGCUGGAUUGCUGAUAUCGAGAGUUACACCCCAGGUGCUAAGGUCAGCUACCCUAUCGUGGCCGAUCCGACUCGGGAACUCGCUGUGAAGUUUGGGAUGCUGGAUCCCGAGGAAAUUGAUGGCAAGGGUGUUCCUUUGACGGCGAGGGCAGUGUACAUCUUCGGCCCAGACAAGAAGCUAAAGUUGUCAAUCUUGUACCCAGCUACGACCGGGAGGAACUUCAAUGAGGUUUUGCGUGUGAUUGACUCGCUUCAGCUCACUGCCAAUUAUAGCGUUGCUACCCCUGUCAAUUGGAACCAGGGAGACAAGUGCAUGGUCGUGCCUUCCCUCUCUAAUGAAGCUGCCAAGGAGAAGUUCCCGAAGGGUUUUGAGACUGUGGAAGUCCCGUCUGGGAAAAGCUACAUUCGUCUUACUCCUCAGCCAAAUGUGGAUUGAUGUAGUAUGCAUUUUACGAGGUUGUAGGCCAGAGGUUGGUUGUUAUAGUUGAGCCGCAACAGCAUCUGCACUUUGUGAAUCCACCUGAGGGUAUAUCUUGUAUAUCUUGGAUGUAAAUGAGUUUAUUUUGACCUGGUGCGCUGAGAUGUGUUAUUGGGGGUUAUUGUGUGAACCACUUCACCUCUCUCCACACUUGCACUAAGUUUUCUUUUUUC